AAUUUUCAACACAAGUGUUCCAUUUUGCAUUUGCUGAGAUUUGGUUGUUGAUAACAUGAGCGAUUCAACUCAUAUUCCUGUUAUUGAAUCGAGGAGACCAAAACCUUCUGUCACUGCAAAGUGUCCAAAGUGUUCUGUAGUCAUUGAAUUCUAUCUUCCUGUCACUCCAGCUUAUGCCUUUUCUGUUUAUAGAGUGGUUUGAUUUUCUUGUAGAGACUUGUUCUAUUCCAACUUCUGCUGUUCAACAGACUCCAUCUGUUUCUGCUAAAAAAACUACAAAUGCCUCGGACCAAUCUACCAACAAUGCUUCCAGUCGCAGACCAAAAACUUCUCUUGGAAAAACCGGCUCAGAUGACCAUCCAAUCGAUAUGGAAUAUUAUGAUUUGUUGGAGAUUCCUGCUACGGCGUCUAGUGCUGUCAUCAAAAAGGCGUAUUAUCUCAAGGCUAUAAAGUGUCAUCCUGAUAAAAACUUGGACAAUCCAUUGGCUGAAGAAAUGUUUAAACAAAUAUCUGAAGCUUAUCAAGUCUUGUCGGAUCCACAGCGUCGUUCAUUUUAUAAUAUUCAUGGAAAGGCUGCUGCAGUGGGUUCUGAAGGAUCUGUGUUUGUCGAUCCAGAACAAUUCUUCAGACAACAGUUUGGUGGUGAUAUGUUUGUUGAUAUCAUUGGUGAAAUAUCCAUUGCUCGGAAUUUUAAAGACGUCAUGGCUGCAAAAGAUCCAUCCAAAUCCAAUGACUUGACCACUGACUCCAACUCUUCUACAAUCAACUCGGGAACAGAAGUGCCAUCUACAGAUUCUACCACUCAAGCCAAACAAGACUCGGCAUUGAUGUACAAACAACGUCGUUUGAUUCGUAAAGAACGUAUUCAGAAACUGUCGCAUAAUCUUGUAGUCAUGACACAACUCGGUACAAAUCAGGUCAAGUUUGAUCCAGAAACUCCAACAAAAAACAUCAACCCAACCAUUGAACUGGCUGCUCGUUGA